AUGGUUCAACUAGGGUGCACCAACUUGAUCCUGCUGCUGCAUUUGCAACGGAUAAGCAACACGCUGGCAUUGCCGGGAAACCGUCCGAGCGUCGAUUUGCGAGUGCUGGGAGUUGAUGAUGAUGAGCAAAAUCAAUUCAUAGUACCAGAUUUUUAUGAGGAUGUGGAGCCAGUGCAGGUCGGCCAAGGUCUGCCGAAUGACGCCCUAGUCUAUGUCGUGUCCUGGCUUGAUCCCGAGGUGGUCGAGGCCGACGGCAUCCCGCUGGAACAGCAGCUUCCCAAGUACAACUCCAACACCCUGACCUCGGACGAUGACGACGAGGAGGAGGAGGAGGAGCCGCCAACCGUCAGGAACUAUGGCUACACAGACAUGCCGACCGCAGUCCGGUCUAAUCUUCAACUGCUGGCACAUGGACUCAGCCUGAGGGUGUUCGUCUUUGGUCAGGCGCCAAGUUCGCAGGGAUACCACCCUAGAAACCUGAUAUGCAUGUCUGAACCAUUAGAAAACCUUAGACUACCUCAAAUCUACGGGAGAAAUUACUGGGACAGGGAUCAGUGGGUUAAUUACGGCAACGACGUCCAGUUUUCAGGGGGCAGAUCUCGAUGUAACCCAGGACCUAGCGGCGACAAGCAGCGAAAAAUACAGACUGGCUCCAAUGAAGCUACGAAGCACCAAGCAGACAACAACCUUCCGGAGGCGCAAAACCCUGUCCCAGGGCCCAGCAGCAGGCAGCAAGACGCAGGGUCUAGCCGCGACAGAACGCAGACUGCCCCUAAGCCUUUAGUUAAUUGCUCUCCUAAUAAGCUGAAGCGUCCGCGAGACCCUGUCCCAGGUCCUAGUGGCGGCAGGCAGCAGGAAAUACAGGCUGGCUCUAGUAAAGGUGGUAAAUACCAAGCAGACAGCAACAACAACCUCAUAGAAUCGACAUCUCUACCAGGGCCCAGCGGGGAUCAAAGCAACUUCUCAAACAUCUGGGCAGCCGCUGUUGAAAAUUUGUCAGAGCUGUGGGACGAAGCAAAGCUGAAACAACUACUUUUAAAUGGCCUCGAUUGGCUGUCCGCCAACCCUGGCAUACUGGGCGCUAUCAGAGAAGCCGCUCCUGCUUUGCUAGAACUCAUGCGCCGGCUACAAAAGCAGGGAAAGGAUCUUCGUUCCUGCUUCGGUAGCAACCCCGACGGCGGAACACUAAAGGCGCGAAGAGAGCAAGGCAAACAAAGGAACUACUGCGAUACGCUGCCUCCUACGCCGGACGGGCCCCCGCCCAAGUUCGUCUUCUACAGCGGCUUUGAAUGGCCGGCCGAGGCAAAGUCACAAGGGGGUCUUCUCCCGCCGAGUGUUUCGAUAUACGACUCCUUCUCCCGUGACACCCUACAGGCAGUCUGGCCUUUUGUUUCAUUCCUCCUACCCUGGUCGCCGAUGAUCUCGUUGAAAGGUCUUCGAUGGAUCACAUCAACAGUCCUCUACGGCUCCCUCUUCUUGGGAAAGGCAGCCGAGGACGCGGCAACGAAGGCUUCCAACGCAACAGAGGGGUUUUCCGGUGUCGUUUACAUCCUCUCCACCACGGAGAACAUGUUGAUCUCGGGCGAACAUGUCGCCAUCGUAGGAGGUGCGGUGUGGCCGCAGGUCGCGGGCUGGAUCCAGGUCCCGCAUGGCUACAGGUUGCCCGUCAUCGAUGGCAUCCAUGACAAGGCGCAGUUGGGACGGCACCUUGUAAAGGCGUCGCAGGCCGGCUUCAACCCUUUCCAGCCGAACCCUGACUACGACCGCAAGUUCGACGCGUGUACUGCCGGCAGAGGGACCCUUAACUUUAGCGACGCCGAUGCUGUGGUGGAUUUCAUGAACAAAAAUGGGCAGGCUGUGGGCUGGACGGGUGCUUUUCCCCUUUUCAAGCCAGCUGCCAUCGUCACGCCCGCGUCUUCCAAGAAGGACAAGAUGGCCAACGCUGUGACGCCGCCUCACGAGCCAAGCUUUUGGGAAAAGGUCAGUGGCUGGUUUGAGGAACACGAGGUGGCGAUUGCCUUGAUUUCAGCAGCCGUUCUUGUUCUUGUCCCUGUUGUGGGCGAGAUGGUUGGUCCGGCCAUAGCUGCGAUAGCUGCAGACGGCAUAGCCACGGCAGGGGGCGUCGCGGUGGAGGGCGCAGCCACGGGGGGGAGCAUUGAACUUGCAGAACUCGGGUUUGGAGCGGAGGCGGGUGCCGGAGCCGGAGCCGGAGCCGGAGCCGAAGCCGGAGAGACAACUCCUCUUCUCGGCAACAGUCGAGUAUCGAAUAACUGGGGAAGUUGGAAAUCGAUAUGGAAAUCGAAGACGGAAUAA